AUGGAUUCAGCUUGUCUUCAGUUCUUGGUAGGGGUAGUAUCUGAUUUCUUUAUUCUUUUUUGUGCUUUUAGGCCGCAGCAAGGUUUUCUGCUUUGGAGGUUACCGUCAAUGCAAUAAGUAUGCCCUUUCAGAGUCCCACAGGUAUGUCUUUAUUAUUUAUUGCAUUAAGAUUACAUAAUGUUACAUAAUGUGGCAGUUUUUGAAGUUUAGGGACACUUCCUGGGUACAUAAGUCCAGAAGGCGAGCAAAUUGUUGACUUCGAAAAAUUUGUGAUACAUCUACGGAAACAGCACGAUGGGAUUCAAUUAGAUUCUGAGCUUACAGAUGAGCAAAAAACCCAAUUCAACACAUACGAAGCCUUGUUGAAUAGCCAUCUGAUUCCAGCAUUGGUAUGCCGUUGUUUUCUGCUAUGAUUCUUAGAAUUUUUCAGGAAGAUGUCUUUUUUAUGGAUGAAUUCAAUUAUUCUGCGUUUAUGGUCAAUUGGUAUUCAAAUUACGUCACUUUCCCCAUGAACAUCUACUAUCUCAACAAGCGAAAGAAUUGCGCAAGAAAAAGGGUCAAACUGACAAAUCGGACGUCCACAGAGCUGCUAAAUCGAGGGAUCAAUGUAAGGGAGCGUUAUCUUCACGAAGAACAUCGUUUUAGACAACGUAUCUAAAAUUUUAUCUCUUUGUUACCUAAAAUAAUGUUAACUUUUCCAAUUUUAGGUGCUUAACAUGCUGUCAGCAAAACGAGGGGAGUCCAAAUACUUUUUUGGCUCGAAACCUUGUUCAUUCGAUGCCAUGAUCUUUGGAUAUAUCGCUCCGUUACUCAAAAUUCCACUUGCCAAUAACAAAUUACAACUUCAUCUUUCAUCUCUUCCAAACCUCACUUUAUUCAUCGAGAGCGUCAUCAAUAUAUACCUUCCUUUGUCCAUUGAUGAGGUUUGUCAUCGAAUUUAAUAUAUUUUUAGAUUAUUUAGGUCUCAUAUCAAGUCCAACAACAUACCAAGUGGAUGGCUUAUGCGGACAAGGGGAGAAGACGGUUGCAGUAUCAGAAGGCAGCACAGCAAUUGGAGAAGAUUGAGAGAGAAAAGGCGGAGAAAUCGGCGAACAACAAGGUGAUUGUGUUCUCGAUGUUAUCUUUGAUGGCUUCGGUUCUGUUUGCUCUUCAUACUGGGAUUGUUCAAGUCCAAAGUGAGCAUAAACAUUAUUUGAAGAGGAAAAGAUAG